AUGACAGUAGGGGUCCCGUGCUCUUCAGCCAACAUCGGUCCUGGCUUCGAUGUGAUCGGUCUUGCUCUCUCCGACUGGCUUGAACUAAACGUCACAGUCAACGAUCCGAAGUCCUCUGGCGCACCGCUCAAUUGCAGAGUUACAUAUGAGGGCCAAGGUGAAGCUGGAGUCGACUUGAAUCCGGAAAGGAACCUCAUCACUCAGACUGCUCUUUACGUGCUCCGAUGUCACGACCUAAGAGCAUUCCCAACAGCAACUCAUGUUCACAUAAAAAAUCCUAUUCCCCUUGGAAGAGGUCUCGGAUCUUCCGGAGCAGCAGUCGUAGGGGGCGUAUCUCUUGCAAACGAAGUUGGACAGCUUGGCUUGUCGAAAGACAGGAUUCUGGAUUUCUGCCUGAUGAUUGAGCGACAUCCGGAUAAUGUGGCUGCGGCACUUUUCGGUGGCUUCGUGGGAAGCUAUUUGAAGGAGCUUGACCCCGAAGAUAUGAAGCGUAAGGAGAUCCCACUAGCUGAAGUGCUUCCUGCUCCACAAGGAGGAGAAGACACAGGCCUCAAGCCUCCGGUGCCACCUUUCAACAUUGGCAAGCACAUUCGUUUCAGCUGGGCAAAGGAAAUCAAGUGCAUCGCCAUCAUUCCCGACUUCGAAGUCAAGACUGCUUUAGCGAGAGGCGCACUUCCGACAGACUAUGCAAAGGCGGACGUCAUUUACAAUCUCCAGCGAGUAGCAUUAUUGACCACAGCACUUGGCCAAAGCCCACCAGAUCCCGAGUUGAUCUACGAUGGCAUGCAGGAUAAGAUACACCAACCAUACCGCAAGAAGCUCAUUCCUGGUCUGACAGAAAUUCUCCAAUCCGUCACGCCUACAUCACAUCCCGGACUGCUCGGCAUCUGCCUUUCAGGCGCAGGACCAACAAUUCUGGCCCUAGCCACAGAAAACUUCGACAAGAUCGCGGAGCACCUAAUCGAGGAAUUCAAAAAGAAAGACAUCAAAUGCGAAUACCGACUCCUCGAACCAGCCUACGACGGUCUCACCGUCUCGCACUCCACAUCCUCUCCAUCCCGAUCAAACGACGGCAUGACCUACGCCGACGCCGGAGUCUCAAUCGACGCAGGCAACCAAUUCGUCUCCAAAAUCAAAUCCGCAGUAAAAUCCACCCGCCGUCCCGGCGCAGACGCAGAAAUCGGCGGUUUCGGCGGCGCUCUCGACCUCAAAGCCGCCGGCUACGACGAAUCCCCAAUCCUCAUCCAAGCCAUCGACGGCGUCGGCACAAAACUCAAAAUCGCCUUCGCCAUGCAAGAAUUCUGGCAAGUGGGUAUCGACCUCGUGGCCAUGAACGUCAACGAUCUCGUCGUGCAAGGUGCCGAACCUUUGACUUUUAUGGAUUAUUAUGCCUGUUCGAAACUCGAGCCUGAUGAUGCGUUGAAAUUUGUGGAGGGGGUUGCGAUGGGGUGUGUGCAAGCUGGUGCGGCGCUUGUUGGUGGUGAGACGGCGGAGAUGCCGGGGAUGUAUCAGGGCAAAGACUUUGAUGCGGGAGGUGCUGCUACGGGUGCGAUUCGGAGGGGACAGAAGGUUUUGCCUGAUAAGGAGGGUAUGGGUGAAGGGGACGUCUUACUUGGUUUGGGGAGUAGUGGUGUGCAUUCGAAUGGUUUUUCUUUGGCGAGGAAAAUUCUGGAGAAGAAGGGACUGGAUUUCCAUGACCAAGCGCCGUGGGCUGAGGAUAAAACCGUGGGAGCGAGUUUGCUGGAACCUACGAGGAUCUACGUCAAGCCUCUUCUUGCGGCUGUGAAGAAAGGCCUACUUCUGGGAAUGGCGCAUAUCACGGGUGGAGGUCUGGAAGACAAUAUUCCACGAAUGCUGCCUAAGCAUUUGGCUGCCGAGAUUGAUGCUUCUGCGUGGCCUGUGCCGGAUGUGUUGAUGUGGUUGAAGAAGGCUGGGGGCGUGAGCAGCAAGGAGUUCGCACGAACGUGGAAUACUGGGCUUGGGAUGGUGAUUGCUGUGAAGGAGUCACAGGUUGCUGCUGCGACGGAGGCUUUGAUCGGUGAGGGCGAGAAGGUUUACAGGGUGGGAAAGUUGGUGUCGAUGCAGGGUGAGGGUGUUGUGCUCAAGAAUUUUGAGCAUUGGGACAGGUAG